GAAUGCGAAUGGCCCCUUGACCGCCGCUGCCUGUGCUCUCUCCCGCUCAGUGCUCAGAUGCCUCGGCAUUCCAACUCGCAGCGUCACCAACUUCCAGUCUGCACACGACACGGACGUCUCCCUGACAACGGAUGUUUAUUUUGAUGAGAACAUGGAGCCCCUGAAUGACCUCAACACAGACUCUAUCUGGAACUUCCACGUGUGGAAUGACUGCUGGAUGGCCCGUCCAGACCUGCCCCAAGGGAUGGGAGGCUGGCAGGCUGUGGACGCCACCCCACAGGAGACCAGCCAGGGCAUUUUCUGCUGCGGCCCAGCUUCUGUGACUGCCAUACGCACCGGGCAGGUCUACCUUAAACACGACACGCCCUUCGUGUUUGCUGAGGUGAACAGCGACAAAAUCUACUGGCAGAGGAACCUGGAUGGGACGUUCAGUCAGGUCUACAUGGAGAAGAAGAAGGUGGGACACUGCAUAAGCACCAAGGCGGUGGGCUCUGACGAUCGAAUGGACAUCACCAAUCUCUACAAGUAUCCAGAGGACACAGAAGAAGAGCGCAUCGCCGUGGAGACCGCCAGUCGCUACGGCAGCAGGCCUGAGGUUUACGGCAUGGCCUCAGCAGAGGACGUGAGCAUCGAGGUCACGAUGGACGGCGAAGGUCCCCGCAUGGGGAAUGAUGCACAGCUGACCAUCAUUCUGCACAAUAACAGCGCACAUCCCCGCCGUACCACCCUUCACAGCCAGGUGGCGGUGAUGUACUACACUGGAGUGCUCAAGGGCACCGUCAAGAAAGAGAAGCUUCCCGUUGAGCUCAUGCCCAAUGAAGUGAAGACCAUCGAGUGGACGCUGCCCUACCAGCACUACCAGGAUCACCUGGUGGACCAUGCGGCUCUGAUGCUGACGUUAUCGGGUCGCGUCAAUGAGACCCAGCAGGUUCUAGCUACGCAGUACAACUUCCGACUCCGGACCCCGGACCUCACGAUUACGCCUAUAGGGGACGCUGUUGUUGGCAAAGAGAUGGAGGCCAAAAUCUCCUUCACCAACCCCCUGCCACGCACACUGAAGAGUGUGGUGUUCCGGGUGGAGGGUCUGGGCCUGCAGAACAUCCGGGAGAUCGCCGUGGGGGACGUGGGUGCCCACUCGAAAGUCACGCUGACGGAGCACUUCGUCCCCACCCUGCCGGGGCCCCGGAAGCUGGUGGCUUCGCUGGACUGCCGGCAGCUGACGCAGGUGCACGGCGUGGCCGACAUCGUGGUCCAGGAGAUGUGAAGGUUGCUGUCCAUACAGCAUAACAUCAUCCCCCCCACCUCCCUGCCCCGCCUUUUCCAUCCGAGUCUUUCAGUAACGGGCUGUACAGUGGCAUCAUGGGAAAUGUCACUAAACCAAAACGGUGUUAACUUCCUGCUUUGGCCCCAUACCAGGGUAACAUGCAGUAUUUUAUUCCAAUCUUGUGUAACCUCGCAGCUGAAAAUUUAGACAAUUUUCUACUAAUCUAAAGGAAACUACAAUUUGCUCAAAAUCAACAGAGACCUGGCACAAAGAAAGCACACAUCCACGGGACUGGUAAAAUACAUCUAUAAAUCUUCAGUAUUUUUUGGCAUCCUGGCUGUUGAUCAGUCUAACAUUUUAAAUCAGCAUUGUGCUACUGUGAUAUUUCUGUUAGCCACUUUUGUGGUGGGGUCCUUAUUUUCCCACAAAUCCUUGGUGCUGUGAAAAUCCGACGGUGAUCUAAACAAUGACAAACGUCUCCCUGGAAACCCUGUGAAAUGCCAAAUUACAUGGCGCACUGUGACCCACACUGUAGGGACCCAAAGAGAAGAUGCUAAUUGUGUGAAACCAGGACGUGUGCUACGGGGCACAGAUUCCACCCAGAAUAAACAUGAAUGGUAGCGUAUAAAACGGAAGAAUGUAUCUGUGACUCCGGCAUAAGUGGUUAAGCGCUAGUUUGGUGCCAUUGCAGCAGUCUGGAAUGUCAGAAACUGACUGUGACUUCAGAAUGUUUACAAUAAUAGACGCAAUUUAAUGUAGCAGAUUCACGACAAAAGCUGUACAAAGACAGACUUAUACUCAGUUUUAGCAUUAUGAUUACUGUUACAACACAUACAAUUUGUUUGUACUAUCAAAACAUUGGUGUUCUUGUGACAAGAGAAUGACUCAUCCCUGCAUCUGUAUCUUUUGUAUUAUCAUUUAUAGUGUAAUUUUUUUCAAAUUUGGCUUCAUUUACCUAGAUGACCUUUGUGCUCUUUAAAUCAAUGCGAUUUGUGACGUCAGUAUUUUUCACCCGAACAUCACUUGCUGUCACUACAGGAUCUGAGUCAAAUCUGACUGUGAAUCGCGCAUGCGCCAGCGUUGAAAGCCAAAUACAAAAGCAAUUAAAAACAACUCUAAACUGAAAAGUAACUCAAAGCAAGCGAAAUACAAAUAUAUAUAUACAGUAUAUGCGCCCAGUUCCUGUGAGGGGAUUUGCCAGUACAGCCAAUUUAAGGUAAUCAUCCAUUUUAUGAUAAUAAUAUCAAAUACAUGAGCUGGUCCUUAACUAUAACUAUAAUCGGUAAGGGUGCAGGUUUGGCAGGUGGUCUAAAGGUGGUCCUUUAUUACUUGAAUAGUUUAUUGUGUUAAUGGUUUAACACGGAUGACUCAGAUCGGCAGCGCAUGCGCGACUCAAAUCCUUUAGUGACAGGAUAUCAGGAUGUCAUGCGCGCCUCUGCCAUGUGAUUCCGGCUGUUUUUGAAGUUUCUGCUCUAUGUGAUAAGAGUAGCCCUGCACUGUAUAACUUGCGAUUUUCACCACAGUAUUAUCGUUUAACUGUAUUUACGUCCGAUUAUUUUGUAACAUUAUAUAAAGUAUAUAUACAAGAUUGAAAGCGAUAUUUUUAUGGGUAUCAUGUAUGUAAAUAAAUUACAAAUAUAUGAC